GAAUAUGGUCUUUCUCUUUAACUCACUGUAUCCUGAGUUCAAACUUUCCCGCUCUUUACAGUAUAGCUUAGAAUAAUAUUAUCGUUGGCAAUAAAAUGCAAAAAAAAGAAAAGAAAAAAAGGACUGGAGUAAUGGCAUAGCUUUCCACGUUUCCCUUCAUGCAGUAGAAAUUAAAGACAAACCUGCUGGCCUUGGCCUCUUCUGUGCCUUCCUCAUGUAACCUCCAAUUCUGUGCUAGCUAGCUAGACAUCACCACAGAAGAGCUACCUUUUAUACCCGUUGGGUUUUAUUGCGUUUCUGCAUUUGCUUUUGCUUUGCCUUCUCUCUUCUGAAAAGAAGAAGGGAAAAAUGGUUGGUUUUGGCUGUGGUGGUGAUGAUGAACAGGAUUUUCAAGGAUCUUCACCGACUCCUACCGUCACGCAUAGCAGUGAUAGCGUUGUUGUGGAGGGUGAGGAGGCGGCAGCAGUGGCGGAGGAGGAGGAGGAGGUUGAUCGCGAAACGUGUGAUCUUCAGCUGCCUCAAGACCGAGUUCUGGCUGCGAAGCUCAGACCCCGCCUUCGAUGGACUCCUGAGCUUCAUGCCUGCUUUGUUGAUGCUGUCAAUCAGCUUGGAGGCCUUCAUAAGGCAACUCCGAAGAAAAUCCAGGAGGCAAUGGGUGUCCAGGGGAUAACUCUUUUCCACUUGAAGAGCCACCUCCAGAAAUACAGACUUGGAAGGCACGGGGUGAAGGAAUGGAGGGAGGGGACUCAAACCUUUUCACAGGACUCGGAAGAAGGCCGAAGCACCAGUAGUACUUCCUCUCCCUCGCCCAAGCUAUCCCGGAAAAAGCACUCUUAUAAACUAGUGAAGGAAGCUCUAGAUGAAGAAAGAGAUAGUAUGCAAGUUGAGGUUGGGAGGCGAUUGCAUAUCCGUCAGGAUGCUGAGCGGAGAUUCAUGAAUUUCGCGAUGGAGAAUGCAUGUAAGAAGCUUGCUGAUCAGUUUAUUGGUGCUGCGACAGCCGCAGCCAUACUUAACGGCAUUGCAGGUGUAGGAACUUUGGAACUAUACCCUGCAUAUCAGAUGACAGAGGGAACGGGUAUGCAGCCUAGUCUUGAAGGCCACACGACCUCUCACGGGCAUUCGGAGAAUUCAUCUGUCGAAGAUUUCCAUACUCGUGCCGAAGAUGACGAGAAAACGGAGGAGAGCUUGGACAAUGACCCUGCAGAAGCUUACCUGAUCAACCCGGAUCCAGAUAUGGAGUGAUAUGGCACUCUGGAUGAAGGAACAAAAUCACCCUUGUGUUGUUUCCUUGUGGAGUUUCAUAAGUUAAGAUUUACCCUUUGCCUUUUGGUGUAAAAUUUUGCCAGCCUAUGUUUGCUGAAUUGGCAAGUUUCACUUACCAAUGAACAGUAAAACAGUAAGAAUUUUGAGUAAUUAAACGUCUGUUUGA